AUUGAUGAAAUGAUUCGAUAUGUGGACCUACAUGAUGGCAGCGGCCCGAGGUGACCGGGCAAUGUCAUCCAUCGCACAGCGUCAUCAGAGCAGUCGGAAUGAUUUCGAUUCACCAAGCAUCUAUCACUUCAACCGUGUGCAGCGUCCCCUGUACAACACUACGCAUCGUGCUCCAACCCUAUGCAAUGGGCCCUCCACAAUCAGUACGACUCCCUUCGGGAGCAACACCAUCUACCAGAACUUUAACCCGUCGACGACGGGUAGCUUUAGCAGUGUGGCCACCACCCCCAGCCUCUCGACGACGACUACUCCGGCACUGGCUUCGGGACCCGGAGCCACCACGGGUGGAUCAGCAUCGACGCCAACGACACAACCGCCUCCGUUGGCAUUCACGACACGGAACCGCAUCGAGGUAGCCUCCGAGCAAGGUUCGAUGCCGAACAGUAAAAGCAGCAAGAACAACCACCACCUGAACCAGCCUGUGAUAGAGUGCGAGCGGGAUGAUUUUUUGAUGAUCGUGAGGACGUGGCAGGCGCCGGUAUUGACCCGUUACAAGUUGAGCUCUCGGAACGUGCACAUUGAGGAUGGAGUGCUAAUCCGAUGGCUCAUCUUGUUCGUGGAGCGUGACCAGACGUGGUUGAAGCGCCUCAACGGGUCCGAAGCAGGAGAGAAGCAACGAGGAGAAGGAGAAAAAGGAAUAGUGGUUAAGAUAAGCUAG